AUGCUUGAGAAGCCUGAAAACAUUCGUGUGGGGGUUUUUCUCGCAUCACUCCCAGAUAAAAACACUUGUGUGGUCAUCAGUCAGGAUGGCCGUGGAGUGGACCUGGUGACGGGGAAAGAGAGCACAGAAUCCUUCUCUUUUGACCUGGUGGCGACUGCGAAUGAUAUAAAAGCAAUUUAUUCGGACUUCCUGCAGCCCCUGGUCCAGUCUGUGCUCUCGAGUUUUAAUGCAGCACUUUUGAUACACGGGGCGUCCGCCGAGAGGACAGGGGCCCUCAUCGACCACCAUGUCAUCAGACAGUUCUUCCCUGACGGCACAGCUGUGGACGUACUCUGUGCCAACCGCAAACAUCUUAAACCUGUUCUUCACCCAUUUCUCGGAAGAAUGGCAGGAGGUGUGAGUGAAGCCUGUGUGAGCUCUCCUGAAGAGGCCUACAGUCUGUAUGAGACCUGCAGAGACCGAGUCAGGUCCAGUCCAGGAGGAGCCUUGUCCUGCAGCAACAGAUGUAGCAGCCUGCUGUCGGUGGCUGUGGAACGGAGAGUCCAAGGGGAAGUGUUCCGUGGUCGCCUGCAGCUGUUCAGCCUGGAGGGGGGUGCCAGCAGGACCGACCUCCGAGGCGUCAGCCCCCUUGUGAAAACAUUGGACCAGAUCCAAAGUGAAAUCUCACCUGAGGACAAGCUACUCCCUUUCCUCCUAAAAGACGCCCUAAGUGGAAAUAGUAAAACUGCUCUUCUCUGCUGCCUGCAUCCUCAAGGGUUUUUAGAUAAUGAGACUCCGAAUGCUUUAACUUUGGCCCAGAAAGUGAGAGUUCUGGUGACUAAGCCAGCGGUUAUUCACUGGUGUCCACAAGUAGCUGAGGAAGAGAUUCGUGACAAAAUGGCAGCUCUCAGGACGGAGAUGAUGUCAGAGGGAGGAGGUGAAAUUCACAACACGUACAGACUGGCCCAGUUAAACCACGACCUGCAGAUUGCGAAAAGUCAGUUGUGGGAGAAGAGGCGUGAACAGUCCAAUAAGAUAAAAGACAAAAUACAGAAUCAUCGGCCUUCAUCGAGCACAGGCACAAGUGGAGGAAGUGAGGAUGUGCCUGAGACAGUGAGACACUUGCAGGACCAGCUGAGAUUUGAGAUGCACAAACAUAUACAAGAGAGUAAAGGUGAUGCCAAGACGGUGCAGGAACAAAUUGAAAGAAUCCAUCGCCUCAGAGAAGCCUUGAGAGAGGAGACAUUCAAACACAGCGCUGCUAUAGAUAAAGCUGACAUUUGCACACAGUCUCAACUGGAGUAUAACAGAGUGCAGGAGCGAAGAAAGCGGCUGCAGGAGGAUCAUGGGAGAUUAAUUCAGGAGGAGGUGGAGAAGAUGGAAAGAGAAUUGGCACAAGAGCAGCCCCCGCCAGAGGGUCUCCGGAGAGAGUUAUUGGUGCUGACCAAGGAGAGGCGGGUCCUGGUUUUGCAGAUGGAGGUCCUGCGUGCGGAGCUCCAACAAACUGAGCAAGACCUGAGCCGCCAAAAUCUCAGUCACCAGGCCGAGCUGCAGGCGCUGAGAGAGGAGAGUCUGCAGGUGUUCCGAGUGUUUCGGGACGUAUGCGACGAGCAGAGGAGGAUUUCCGAGGAGAGGUACCGCGCAGUGCUGCUGGAGGCCGUGCAGGACGCUGUCUAUCUCUCUGCCCAAAAUCAACAACUACAGGUGGAAAACAAGGAACUUAGAAAAGCAUUGGCAGAGAUGAAAGACAACCUGGCUGCUCAAGGGGAUUCUAAAGUGAAAUAG